UUUUUUUCAGUGAGUUUCACUUUUUAUUUAUAUUUACAUUAACUACUGUAUUAACAACUGCUGUUAUUACAUUAUGGCUCCAGUCAAGGGUAAAAAAAAGUCUGCUGUUGGAGAGUGGAUUGAUGGAAAAGUCAUCAAUUUCAAGAAAAGUUCCAAAGAAAAAGGUCCAGAUAAAUCUAAGAUCCCAGACCCAAAUGCCAGUGUCACCCUAAAGCGGCUUAACAUCUCAAUCCAUAAACUGCCUGGCUCGCCAAAUUCACCACACCGAGCCAGCAUGCGACGCACUCGCCGCAUGUCUAUGGCACCUGUGGCUGCAAGAGCUCCUACAACUCCUGUCAAAAAAACUCCCUCUACAUCAAAAAUUCCAAAAUCGGUGCCUAGCAAAAGCAUGACGCAAACCAGCAGUGCUCCUGUUGCAAAAAUGGUGGCUUCUUCAUCUCCUGGUAAGCCAAAUAUGCCUCCUGCUGGUCAUUUGCCAAGAUCUAGAGCCAGAUCUUCAACAUCUAUGACACGUCAGUCUCGCACCAUUACCGCUCCCCAAAACACAGAAGAUAGCUCUUCACACAACGAGUCUUGGAUUGAGCAAAUUACGUCACCAAAGGUAUUUUACAGAGUCUCUUCACCUGGUAAACUCAUGGGCGCUCAGAGGAGGAAAUCUUACUCUACUAAUGUUGUCCAAGUAGAGUUGCAGGAUUUGUCCCAGCCAGUGCAUGAGCGUUCUGAGUCUCCUGUGCUUCAGAAAAAGAUAAAAGUGAAGCCAGUUGUGAAGAAACCUCCUCGGCCACGUACUGGGUCUCCCAGCUAUGGCAAACGUACGACCAGAACUGCUAAUUCAGCAUCAAAACUUAGAGCUACUCAAGAAAUGACCAAGUCGUCUUCAUCUGCGUCAUUGAAGAAUCUUCAUACUUCUUCAGAAACAGUUUCAGAAAAAUCCACCCGCUCUUCUAACAGGAGAAUUCUAAAGUCAUCUGAAAAUAAGUCUGCAGUCAAAGUCAGGCCCUUUCGAAAUGAAAACAAGUCACUUGCUUUAAAACCUGAUUCUGAAAAAUUAUUAAAGCGUGCCAGGUCUGAAUGCUCCUCAGUUACCUCUCGUUCUGCUGGGGCAUCUCCAACCAACAUGGAAGUUCCCGCCAAACGUCCCAGAAGAAAUCCACGUGAUUCAGAAAGUGAAUUAUUGCACCAGGGAACAAACUUGACAACAUUUAAGGAAUCUGAAAAAAUAUCAAAACAAAAAUCUGCUGAAAAUCCCAAAUUAUACUCUACAAAUACAAAUAAUUCUCAAAAACGAAGCAAUUCACAAUUAAAAAUCUCUACAAAAUCCCUGUCAUUGAAAAGAAGGCAGUCUUCAAUUACUCAAAAAGCGAAAAGCAGCCCCACUUCUGGUAAAUCUCCUUCCGCCUCUCCGCCUAACUUUUCCUCAGACUCAGAGAGAAAAACCACUCCUGCUCUGUCCCCGAGCAGGAAUCGCACCGGCGCGCUCACUCGCUCAGCCAGACGCCGAAGUGUCAAGAGAGUCACCAUCACUGGAGCCUCGCCUUCACUUACAGACAAGGUUCAGGCAACUCCAAAGCCAACAUCUCUAGAUACGGAAGAAAAGAAGACAAAUAAUAAGAAAGUUCCCACUGGAGAUCAAGGUUCUUCGUCGCCGCAGCUGUCGCGCUACCUGUCGCGUGGUGUCCUUAUCCCGCCCAGUCCCGUGGGGCGGCUCGUGAGAGCCUCACGCGCCAACCCCUUCACCCCAAAACCCGAGGCAGUGCCCAGCAAACUCCUACAGCAGACCAUGAAGAAGAAAAUCACCUCUGAGAUCUCCUUGAAUAAUAUGCCAGUGACAUCUCUGAUGGACUCUUCGAUCGCGCGCCCUGUGACCCCCACCCGCCUCUUUAGGACUGGGGCUCUCGUGUCGAGGUCAACCCCCGCAUCAUCCCCCUCCCUCCCCGCCACUCCUCCCUCAGCCAAGUAUGCCAGCCGCUCCCUCAGGAUGGUGGCAACAGCUCGGCGCAAUAUCAGUGGCUACACGGAGGACAACUUCUCGCCGUCCGUUCCGCGCAACUCAACCCCACACCGCAGCUCUCCGCUGUAUGCAUCCUACCUCAGCAGCAGCACUGAGCAGACCCAUGGCAACGGCACCAAAAUAUCGGACAAAGAGCAACACUGCGACAUUUCUUCCGCUGAAAAGACUGUUGAAUAUUCUACCUCCAGCCAAGAGUAUCCAGAUUUCACUACAUCAGUAACCGUGGAGGAGGAGCGAUCUGAGGUUCUUUCUGUGACACACGAUGGUGACUGUUUGGAAGGCAAAAAUGGUGAGAAGGAGAACAAUGUGAGCCAAAUCCAGGAAAACGGAGCAGAGCAGGAAAAAACUUCAACAAAGAAGAGUUAUUGUUCUCUUAUGUAAAAUCGCGAUAGGCGAAAAUAUCCAGAUGCUUUUGAAGCACAUUACGCGACUUGCAUAUUAAGAAGACGGCGUUGAAUAACUAAAAUGCUAGUUAAUAUUUCACAAUUUCGUAUCUGACUGAAGAACUUAUUGUUUUUAGUAUAUUUUUUAUUAAGUAAUACUUUUAAGUCUGGUUUAUUCCAUCUUAGUCGUUUAAUGUUCUUUUAUUUAAACUAUUGCGCCAAUCCCUCGUACAAAUUCAGCUUUUGUGUACACUUUAAAAUUAUGUGCAAGUUAUCAAUUUUAAAUCUUAUGAAAUUUUUGUUAAAUCGAAGUAAGGCGUAUCAUGAUGCCUUAACCAUUCAUUCUCUGGCGGUACCUUUUGUGGACAAGUCUUUGGGUCCGAAUAAUAUUGGCGGCGGAACUGAUCUAAGUUUCAUACAUAAAAGUACUAUGGGAGGCAUUAUUCAUUACAUUCUUCGUAGUUAAUAUAAAACUCAAGGUGAGGUGGUUUGUGCGCUGGGUAAAUGCUUCAUUAGCACUUCACAUCUUUCAUGACCUAUAGAUCACGAUAGUGAGUGUAGUAGCGUAAACUUAGACUAGCUCGGGAAUGAUCACCCUGAUAGUACCUGAUGAUUUUAUUUGUAAUCUUACCGUGUUCACCGACGCAUAGGUUUGAUUUACUAUAAGCCUUUAUUGUAGUUAUUGCACUGACAUCAGGAGGUUACGAUGUGAACCUGACAGGACCUAUUUUUUCGAAUUCAGAAAUUUUCAGCUUGUUCAAGAAAAAUGUAUGCAAUUUAAUAAAUAAAUUUACGACAGCUCUUGCGGCAUACAAAACUUGUACUAUGGUAAUCUCAACGCAGUAAUUUGCCGAAUGUAAUUUAAUAAAAAUAUAACUUCCAAUUAUAAAGCUAUUCGACAUUCCAUAAAUUGAAUUCAAUCUGUUC